CGAGCCUCUCUUCUUUGUACUUGACGUGAUCGUCCUUGUUUCACAGGCUUCCGGUUGAGGAAGAGCUUACUGCUGUUCUUAGAAGCAGGCGUUUUGGCAAAUAAUCGACUUUGGCUUUGGAUGCUUACAGAAUUUAUCUGCGAAGAGGAUUUAUACAGAGAUGUCGGAAGACUUGGUGAAGCAGUUAAGCAGCUACAAAGCCCAGCUACAGCAAGUAGAAGUUGCGUUAUCCACCGACCCAGAAAAUGAAGACCUUCUUAAACUCCAGAAAGACCUACAGGAAGUCAUUGAUUUGACAAAAGACCUCCUGACCUCACAGCCUGCUGAGAGUACUUCCACUACCAAUGGCUUAGACACAGUCCCCCUGAAGCUCAGCUGGAAAGUUGGGGACAGGUGUAUGGCUGUGUGGAGUCAGGAUGGACAGUUGUAUGAGGCUGAGAUUGAGGAGAUAGACCGAGAGAAUGGCACUGCCGCCAUUACCUUCUCUGGAUAUGGGAAUGCUGAAGUGAUUCCUCUGCAGAACCUCAAAGCAGUAGAGGAGGGCAAACGUUCCGAUGAGGAUAGGAGUGGAAAGCCAAAAUCAAGGAAAGAGCAGAUAGCAGAACAGAGGGAGUAUAAGAAGAAGAAAGCCCAGAAGAAGGUCCAGAGGAUGAAGGAAUUGGAGCAAGAGAGGGAGGAGCAAAAGUCAAAGUGGCAACAGUUCAACAACAAAGCCUAUUCAAAGAACAAAAAAGGACAGGUAAAGAGGAGCAUAUUUGCAUCACCAGAAAGUGUAAAUGGAAAGGUUGGAGUGGGGACGUGUGGUAUCGCAGAUAAACCUAUGACCCAGUAUCAUGACACGUCAAAAUACAAUGUCAGGCAUCUAAUGCCACAAUAACCUGGUAUAUUGUGUAUAUAAUAAUCCACUGUAUACUAUUUGUAUCGGUGCUUUCCAUUGUGUUUAUACGAUUUAAGUUUCUCAAGUAAAGAAGGCUUUGAAAAGAAUUGCUUGCACACCAUCAUUAAAUAUUGAUGUAGUGUACUUAUAUAAUAUCAUGUAGGCACAACAAAGAUACCCCAGUGGUGUAGAUUUUCCUUGCACUGGAACAAGGACACCUGCUAUGUAAGAACAGGAAGUAGUGGUGUAGAGAAGUUUUCACUGAGGCCAAAUACCUGCUAAGAUGUGUACAAAUAUAACACCUGUAGACUUGGCAUGUAAAUUUGAAUCUGGAUUCUAAACACUGGUUGAUUGUGGGACAGUUUGAACCUUCAUGUUGAUGUUGAUUUGAGAUGGCUGAAUUUACAUUUUAAUAUCUGUAUAUAUAACAGUAAAAUAAACAUUGUUUGGUUUUCUGUUUUUAAAUAUGUGCUUCCACCUCACUUUUGACUGUUUUUACAUUAUAUUUUCAUUUUGGCUGUGUGGCAGUAGGUGGCAGUAAAAGACUUGUAUUCAUUUCAUGAGCAGCAUGCUGCAUCUGUUAAUACAACCUGCUUUCCCAUUAAAGUUAAUGGAGUUUUUGUUUGA